AUGGAUUUAACUCGGUGCUUGUGGCUCGUGUCAAUGUUCUGCUGCUGCGUCUCUGUCACCUCAGCUAAAGUCGAAGGACGGGGGAUCAUCGCGGCUGUGGUCUCUGGCAACCCAGAACCAUUUGUUGUGGACUCAGAGGCAGCAGAGACAUUGAAGAGUAACCUCACCACAGUCUUUCUCCCAAUCAUCUACAUCAUUAUUGUAUUUAUUGUGGGACUUCCUGCCAACGGCAUGGCACUUUGGGUCUUCCUCUUCAGGACCAAAAAGAAGCAGCCGUCAUCAAUUUACAUGGCCAACCUAAGCUACCACUUAAACGGCAACAACUGGACCUAUGGAGAGCCGCUGUGCAAAGUCCUUGUGAGCUUCUUCUACGGGAACAUGUACUGCUCCAUAUUGUUCAUCGCUUGUCUCAGUGUGCAGAGGUGCUGGGUGGUGGCUCACCCUCUGUCCCAGCAGAGCAAGAACACCAACGUGGCUGUUGGCGUGUGUGUCUCCAUCUGGGCUUUCAUCUGGCUCACCACCACCCCUCUGUACCUGUAUGACCACACUGUCAAGCUCAAAGACCUGAACAUCACCACCUGCCAUGACGUCAACUUCAUAGAAGACCUCGAAAAUCCAUUCCCCUCUGUCCAGCUCCCGUUUUACCACUUCACCUUCAUGGCCGUCGUUGGUUUCCUCAUCCCUUGUGUAGUGGUCGUUGUGGCCUAUAUUCUGUUACUCAGAGCUCUGGGGAACAGCAUGCAGGAAAUUACGGCAGCAAAGAACCGACACAGAUCCAGAGUGUUGAUCCUGACCGUCCUGGUGACAUUCAUGGUGUGUUUCAUCCCCAGUAACAUCAUGCUGGUGGUGCAUUACGCCCUACUGAAGAAUGGAGUGAUAAAUAACGGUUAUGGCUUCUACAUCUCCACAUUAUGCCUGGCCAGUCUCAACAGCUGCCUAGACCCGUUCAUCUACUACUUUGUGUCCGAGGACUUCAGGAACCACGUGAAGAACACUUUGCUGUGCCGCAGCCGCAGGACCGUGGAGAGGAUGAGAGUUUCAUUCAGCCCCAUGAAAAACUCCAGGAAGAGCAAGUCAAGUACGUCAGACACAGGGAAGACAAAGAGCAGCACAAGUUAG